GCAACAUGGAGUUUCGAGAUGACUUGUUACAUUUUGUAGGUUACAUUUUGCCAGACAAGGAAGAUGACAAUGCGAGAAACGCAGCUGAAGAUGCUGAAAUCGACGACGAAGAGGCAGAGAAACAACCAGAGUUUUUGGACUUGAGUGAAAUGAAUUCUGUGUUUUCUGGGGGAUACAUUUUUCAGUCGUCGCUACCUGCGACAACAGAAGUGAACUUCAUGGUCUGCAGGGCAUCUGCAUCUGCCCCUGAACAGUGCAGGAUUCGUGGCUGCUUUGCCCUCAAGGAUCCGUGGUGGCAGAUCUCCUGCAUUGCCAAAAAAAUUGGAAGCAAAUUUAGGUUAAAAGGGAACCCUUCCUACAGCUUAAGAACAGAUGUAAAAGAAGAAGGGCGGGCUAUUGUGUCUCUGUUUCUGACUGCUUGUGGUGUUCAUUCUGACUCUGUCACUGAAUUCAUGAAGUGGUUGCCAGAGAGCAUACAUGUGGACCCCAUAAACGUGCAAGACAUUCUGAAUGAUUUUGGGAAGGAUAAAGAAGACAACAGAAAAGUAGCUGAAAACAUUAGGACUGUUGUAUUUAAAUCAGAUGCAGGUUUUCACGUGAGAGCUGCCAGCAUGUAUCCUCUUGUUAUGAAGUAUUUGCCAACAUUGCUACCAGGGCAGUUUUUGGAUCUGCUAAAUAAAGGAAAAGAAGAAGAUGAACAGAAGAAGCAACAGGAUACAGCUAUCUCUGAUACUGCUGUGCAGGAUAAAAGGAAAAUGGCCAUAUUAGCUAGACUGGAGGAACUCCUUAAGACGGAUGUAUGGAAGUUAGGCUUUAACUAUAUCAUGCAUAAGGAGUUACAUUUAGUCAGGUGUGAGGCUAAACUUGGGGCCUUUAAGGAUUGUGGGAUAUUCCAAAAACUUUCUCCUCAACAACAAAAACUUCUGCUGCUGUACGAGGAUUUGAAGACCUAUUGUAGAGAGUUUGGGCAUACCUAUAUUGAUCGGGAGCAUCUGGAAAUGAGGAUGAGGAAUAAGAUGCGUGAAGAGAGUACGUGGGAAACGGUAGACUUCCUCCGGAGGCAGGGUGUGUUAAUAGUGGAGAAGCAGAAGGUUGCCCUGCAGAACCUCUAUAUGUAUGAGGUGGGAAUUGCACAGUGUCUCAACAUCCUGAUGAAGCAGGAACCCUGGAGGAUUGAGCUGGAUGUGCGGGAGGUCCUCCACUCCAUGCAGCACCACAGAGCGAGAGAUAGAGUUGAAGCUGAGGCUGAUGUGGGGCUGUCUGCUUCAGUGCAAUGUGGAGAAGAGCACAAAGCCACUCCAGGCAGCAAGCUUAUACCGACGACAAGCUCCUCCACAAACUGGAGUGACCCUGUUGAUGAGGAUCUGGACCCCACACUUGUAGUGCUAGACCCUGACCAGGUUCAAGCAGCAGAGAUGAUGUGUUCCAAUCCUGUGACUGUGAUCAGUGGGAAGGGAGGCUGUGGGAAGACCGCUGUGGUCAGCUCUGUCUUUAAAGCCGCCAUGGAGCAGCUGAAGAAAAAGAAAGAGAAUGGGGAGAGUGAGGUUCCCUCUGGGAUGAGUGAGGAUCCCUCUGGGGAGAAUGCGGUAGAGGUCCUCCUCACUGCUCCUACAGGUAGAGCUGCAUCUCUGCUGUCCAAGAGAACCAGCUUUACUGCUUACACCAUGCAUCAGGUCUUGUGGAAUUUCAGGAAUACACAAAAGAAUGAAAUUGGGGAGCCAUUGAACUGGAAGUUUGCUAAUGUAUGUGUGCUGGUGGUGGAUGAGGGCAGUCUGGUGUGUGUACAGAUCCUUGAAUCCAUCCUUACAAUGCUUACUAGACAUGCACGGCUGCAGAAAUUCAUCAUCCUGGGAGAUGUAAGGCAGUUGCCCAGCAUUGCCCCAGGGAAUGUUUUGAAUGAUCUCUUCAGCAGUCUCAUGGGAAUCAAAUGGGCUAUUGAAAUGCGUACUAAUCACCGUGCUGAGUCAGAGCUUAUCGUCAACAAUGCUGGAUUAAUUGCAGAUAUGGGCGAAAAGAAAAGAAUUGCAGAUAUGGGAGAAAAGAAAAGGAUUUGUCACCUAAAUUUUGAUGCAGUUGUGGACCUGAGUGAGACUGUCACUAUGCCAUCACCAAACAAGAAGUUCAUUCUCAUUCUUCUUCCAAGAGUCAGAAAAGAUGAUGAUCUACAGACUGCUAUAAAGCUACUGCUAGAAGGCCCAGCCCCUGGCCUAGAAGAUGAUAGGACUUCACAGUUUGUUGCCUUCAAGAGGGAUGAAUGUGCUUUGAUCAAUGAACUUUGCUGCAAGCAUUACUCCCAACAUUGUAUAAAAACUCACAAGUAUAAAACAGACUUUCAGAUUGGCGAUAAAGUUUGCUGCACAAGGAAUGGCUAUGUGACCCAUAAAGACAAAGACAAUGUGGAGGAGCAGAAGGAGGACAAAGAGAGACUGUGCAAUGGAGAGAUUUUCUUUAUUACACAUGAUUUGACUGUGCAAGAGGGGGGUAUGAGAGGCAGGACGAGGCGGGAACUGACCCUAGACAGUCAAGAGAGCGCAGGCUGCAGAAAGCUCACUGUUGACUUUGGAGAGCUGAACAGAGAGUGCAAACCUCAGCACGCCUGGGCUCGAACCAUCCACACCUUUCAGGGCUCAGAAGCCGACACUGUCGUGUACGUUGUUGGGGACAGUAAGCGUCAAACAUGGAAGCACGUGUACACCGCUGUCACACGGGGCCAGAAGCGAGUGUACGUAAUAGCGAAGCAGCGCAGUCUAGAGGACGCUAUCAAAGGAAAAGUCAUCAAACGGUGCACACGACUAGCAGGCCUCGUCACAGAGAUGGUUGCCAGACAUGGGCCAGCAAGGGGGGAUGGGACCACCCAGGCCAGCCAGGCUCAGGUACAGAGUCCAAAACAAUCGUCGAGCUUUGGGUCUUUCCUGAACCCAGAACCGACUACUGGUCCGUCCCAGGCUUUCUCUAGCAUGAUGAGUCAGUAUGCAAAAAGCCCUGUUAGGGAAAGAGCUGGACAGAGCUUGACCAGUCCUGGUAGUGGGUUUGCUGCAGGCAUCCCAUCUCAGUUAGGAAGCCCAAUUGCCUACAAGCGACAGAGCAACACUGACAACUGCACUACACCAACCAAAAGCCUAAAGACCACUGCAACAGCCUCACCCCUGAGCUGCACAAGACUGGGACUGCUGUCUCAGAAUGGCCUCAACCAGCCCAAACAACAAUUCCCAGAAGACCCUCAGUCCUGCCAGGACCAGGCACUGUAGAAGCCAACAUCAAUAGCAACCUGCAAAUGUUUUUACUCACAGCAUUAUACCAAAGGAGACUGUGGGACAGUUUGCACACUCAGAUGGGUUGAUUUCGAACCGGAUAUACAUGAAAUAAAAGUAUGUUUUAUUGGUUUGACGUAAUGACAAAAAUUGCACUAAACGUCUGAUUGUCAAGGUGAUUUGAAGCAUUAGUUGAUAUUGCUUUUUGCUUUAAUUUUUUUUUGCCUUCAGAAAUAUCUAGCUGUCUGCUAAGAGGGCAUAUUUCUGUUUUCUUAUUGUUGCAUAUAUUCUUUUAAGAGAGACCAUGGAAUUUUCAUGAUUAUUUUUACCUUUCACCUAUACCACAUCAAAAAGUUUAAAGCCAGCAUAAGUUGCAAGGCUUUGAGAAGUUUGAAGCUGGUCAAAUACCGUACAGAAUUGUUGAGUAAAUGUUGGAGUUAUAAAGACAUACAUCACUGUCAUAGUGACUUCAAGAUGGGAAAGCACAAAUCUUAUUGUUAAAGUUCUUGAACUGUUAAGUGAGUAUCCAGUGUUCAUUUGCCUGGAUACACUAGACUACAACAAAUCAAGAUUUAUUUUUUGUUGUGGGUGAUUUAAAAAAAAAAAAAAAAGUCAUAUGAAUUUGUUUUACAUUCAUUUGCAACAGCCAAUCAGUGCAAAAACAAUAAUGCAGUGCACAUAAUGAUUUGCAAGACUGUGGUCUAUAUUUUAUUGUCUGGUUUGCCGGUGUAGAAGCUCUACUCAUAGCAACACAAAGCUUCAUUAAAAAAGAGCUUCCCACAAUGUUGGACUUUAUAUUUCAUGUGUGCAGAAGACCAGAACCCAAGUUCAUUCAAUUUCUCAACAUUUAAUAAUUUGUUUCUAAUUCUAAGUGUAAAUUCUUAGAAAUCUGAAAGGUAUUUUAUUUGUAGAAUUAUUUUAUGAUUACAUGUCUGCUACAUGUAAACUGGAGCACAGUAAUAAACUACAUGUCAUUCAUUAA